AUGGUCACUACGGCGCUGGUGCCGUCGCCCACCGUGCGCGCUUGGCGUGGCACCUUUGGUGGUGCAGAGUACAGGGCUGGCUCACAGGUGGGCGUGGGGCUGGGCCUGGCAGUGGCGGCGUGUGCCCGCGGCGAGACGAAGCGUUCGGCGCCGGGCGGGGGAGCAGCGCUGCGCGUGUCGCACCGCUCGCGGAGGGAGUCCCGCGAGCAGGCCCCGCCGCGGGCUGCGUCGCGCCUGCGCUCCGCCCGCGCAUGCGCUGCGCCGCCCUCGCCUCCCCUCUCCCGCAUCGAAGGCGCUCGGUGCUGCCAUGUCCAGGUUAAU